AUGGCAUCUUCAGAUACUCUGAGGGCACUGUCCCAAGCUCUUUCUUCCACAGUCGUCUCUCACGAUGCUGCGACUCGCAGACUGGCUGAAGAGUCAUUGAGGCAAGGCGAGAGUCAACCGGGGUUUCUUGUCCUGUUACUCCAGCUCGUCAGGUCUGACGAUGUGGACAUGAUUGUUCGACAGGCUGGCGGCGUCUACUUCAAGAAUGCGGUAAAAAGACUCUGGGAGGGCGAGGAAACGGAUGUGAUGAUCAGCCCUGAAGACAAGGCUGCGAUCAAGCAACAGCUAGUUCCAAUCAUGAUCGCCUUGGGUAGCCCUGCGACUGCCAAGCUACAAGCUCAGAUCGGCGAAGGUCUAGCAAUCAUCGCUGAGAAGGACUUCCCAGAGCAGUGGGAAGGACUGGUCGACGAACUCGUCGGUAGUCUGUCCCCGGAUAACUUUGUUAUCAACAACGGCGUCCUGGCUACUGCACACUCCAUCUUCAAGAGGUGGCGCGCCCAAUUCCGUUCUGACAAGCUCUACUCUGAGAUCAAUUUUGUCCUCGCCCGCUUCUGUCAACCCUAUUAUGAGCUGUUUGCUCAUGUCGACCGAUUGCUAUCUGCUCCAGCAGGCCAGCCUCUUCCAGCUGGAUCUUCCAUCCCUCUGCUUGCUCAAUCUCUCCUCCUCCUCAUACAAUUGUUCCAUGAUCUCAGCUCGCAGGAUCUGCCUCCAUUCUUCGAAGAGAACAUGGGAAGUUUUAUGGGCGAACAAGGUGGACGUGAGGGGUGGUUGAGAAAAUAUCUGAGUUGGGAGCGAGAAGAGCUGAAGGGCGAUGACGAGGACGAGACGCCUGGGCCAUUACAGAAAAUUCGGUCGUCCAUCUGCGAGAUUGCCGAAUUGUACGCCUUAAAGUACUCAGACGCCUUCAAUCAGCUCGGGACAUUCGUCGAUGGUGUAUGGAACAUGCUCACAACAUUGGGGCCUGGGGCGAAAGAGGAUGUCCUGGUGUCUCGUGCUCUGAAAUUCCUCUCAGUGGUCGUAAAGAUGGGCGAUCAUAGAGAUAUGUUCUCAUCUCCAGCGACACUUAAUAUGUUUUGCGAGCGCAUCAUUCUGCCCAACAUGACUCUGAGACAAAACGAAGAGGAGAUGUUUGAGGACGACCCAAUGGAGUAUAUACGGCGUGACCUCGAGCCAUCGACAGAGAGUGACACUCGACGGCAAGCUGCCACAGACUUUACUCGUGCGCUCAUGGAACACUUUGACCAGCAAGUCACACAAAUCAUCAAUGGGUACAUUACCAGCUUCCUGCAGGAAUACGCCACAAAUCCGGCCGAAAAAUGGAAGAGCAAGGAUACUGCCAUCUACUUGCUCACCUCGAUUGCGUCGCGAGGCUCGACACAACAGCUCGGAGUUACCUCGACCAAUGUACUUGUCGAUGUGGUCAACUUUUUCGGUCAAAAUAUCUUCGCCGACCUGCAAGCAGCUUCUGGCACUGUCCACCCCAUUCUCACUGUCGAUGCCAUCAAAUUCCUUUACACUUUCCGCAAUCAACUCACCAAGGAUCAAUUGGUGUCUGUCCUUCCCCUCCUCGUUCAGCAUCUCGCCUCGGACAAUUACGUUGUUUCCUCUUACGCAGCCAUCACGAUAGAACGCAUACUAUUCAUCAAAGUCAAUCGACAAGCACAAUUCACGCAAUCCGAUGUUCGGCCAUUCGCCGAAAACAUCCUCAUGACCCUCUUCGCCAACAUCGAACGAGGAGCAACACCCGAAAAGAUCUCUGAAAACGACUAUCUCAUGAAAUGCGCUAUGCGAGUCAUUAUCACCGCUCGUCAAGCUCUCACGCCUGUGUACGCCAACGUCCUCUCACGCCUCGUCAAUAUUCUCGGAGAAAUCAGCAAGAAUCCAAGCAACCCAAAAUUCAACCAGUACUGCUUUGAAAGUGUAUCGGCACUCAUCAAAUUCGUCUGCGAGGGGGCACCCUCGGCGCUGCCACACUUUGAGCAGGCACUUUUCGGGCCCGCUCAGGUCAUCUUAGCACAGGAUGUUACCGAGUUCAUUCCCUAUAUAUUCCAGAUUCUCGCUCAGCUACUUGAACUGCACCCACCAACCGAGCUGCCGAACGAAUAUCAGGCCUUGCUCGCGCCUCUUCUCUCGGCGAGUCUGUGGGAGCAACGGGGCAACAUACCAGCUUUGGCCAGAAUAUGGAAAGCUCUCCUCAUGCGUGGGGCGCCGCUCAUCGCUUCGAAUGGGCAAGUUCAAGGCCUUCUCGGUAUCUUCCAACGGCUCGUCAACAGCAAAGUCAACGAUGUGUAUGCUUUUGAGCUGCUACAGGGACUCUUUGAGUUCUUGCCUUUAAAUGACAUGAGGCAGUAUGCCAACACCAUUUUCAUGCUGCUCUUGACUCGACUCCAAUCGAAGCCGUCAUCUCAGUUCACGGCAAGCUUUGUACACUUGUUCACUUUCCUAUGUGCGAUCCAGUCUGUGGGACCAGACUUUGUGAUCCAAACUCUGGAUGCGAUUCAGGCUGGACUCUUUGGGAACAUCUUGACCGGCGUGAUUCUCGCCAACACUCAAAAGGCGCCGAUCCGUUAUCGCAAAGUGGUCGAAGUUGGACUCACCAAGCUGCUCACCCAGAGUGACGCCACGCUCGCCUCGCCGAAUCAGCAGCAUUGGCCGUCAGUCCUCCUCGCCUUACUGGACCUGUUCACUCUCCCCCAGGAUAUCACCUAUACGAAUGGAGAUGGAGCGCAGGAGGAUCUGUCUUCCCUUGACCCAGAGGAAGCGAGCUUCCAGUCCUCCUUCUCAAGACUCGGUGCAUCCGAAUCUGCUACGCAUGACCCUGUCUCGGACGUCAAGGACGAAAAACUUUUCGCUAGCAAGGAGAUUUCCAGGCGGAGCAAAGAGCGACCGGGUGUGAUCCCUGCCCUUGUACAGCAGGCUCAGGCAACCGAGGCCAAGACCGUCGGCGAUUUCGUGAGCUAUAUGCGGGACAAUGGGGACGAGAUUGUCUAG